AUGCAAUUCAAAUCUUCAUCAAUAAUAUUAUCACUAGUCAUUUGUAUUUUAUCAAUCAUAUCAAUAUGUCAUGCCUCCUCAAAUUUAGUAGUGUAUGAAUUUUCAUAUCCAGGUGCCAUUUGUGAUGGUGGUGUAGAUGCUUCAUUUAAAUAUCCUUCUGCUACCUGUAUUCAAUCAAUCGACACAAUCUUUUUCUGUGACCUACAAUCAAAUAUUAUCACAUCAAUGACAUUCAAUGGCACCAAUUGUAGUGGCGCUUACACAAUGGUAACUAAUCCAAUUGGACAAUCUAGCUUUCGAGUUUCAUCAUCAUCGCUCGGUUCAUUUUAUUUCAACCCUCAAAUUACAAAGAUAUCUAUCUAUAUAUAUUAUAUCUCUAGAGAAUUCAAUAUUAAACAAAGACAAUUAUUGGUCAUGACGAUGGCCAUUAUUGCAGUUUCAGGUCAAAAGCUUGUGGCCUAUGAAACAAACUAUUCAGAUUUCCAUUGUGAUGCUGAUGGUGAACCUGUUACUCUACCAACAGCUAGCUGCGUACAAGGAUCGAUCUACACAUGUGACAUGUCACUCAAACAACUCACAAUCUUUACCUUUAACACUACCCAAUGUAGUGGACAAUAUAGAAUCGACACUUAUGAUUUUGGUCAUUGUUAUGGAGGUUGGACAUUUGCUUGUAAACAACAAAAAUAA